UAUUGCCGUCGAGCGCACUCUCCGCAGAGAGCAGUGCACCGACACCGAGGGAGAGAGAGAAGCGAAAACGAAAAUGGAUGGUCUCGGUGCAGUUUUCCUGUAACAAAAAACACAGCGUUAUCCCAGUCUCCGAUGAGAGAAAUGGCCGUGACACGGGCAGGUGACUUGCGACCGCGGUUCCCUGGAUUUUCCCAGUGUUUGCCUGCUCAACUGUUCUCCUUUUCUAGCUUACUGUCAGCUACAGAAAUGGCGUCAUCCUCUGCUGUAGCGUUGGUAUAGUCAGUGCAGUGCAGACAGCAGGCACACCACGCUGCCGUGUACUCGGAGAAACGAGCGCCGUGCGGCUGUUAACACUGUCCAUCACUCCAUUAAACAGCUACAAUAUUAUCCAUCUGUGCACACAAACAGACACACACACAGAGGAAGCCUUUGCUUCGAGUAGCGACUAGUUACUUUGUUUGUGCUCGCCGUUCUUAGUCACAAGCCAAGUCUGGCUGACUAGCGCUGACUGACUGACUUACAACAGUGUGCGCUGGGCAUUACAUAAACGGCUUUAAAGGCUCUGCGAAUGAGCGAUCAGCCUGCCACGGUGUACUUUGCAACACAUAUUAUUGGACUGGAAAGCUCCCGUACACACACAUACACACCCUUGUCUGUCUCUUUCUCGAGCAGAUGUGUUGCAGGAUGUAAAGAAAAGAAAGAUGUUUCGUGUGCAGUCGUCGAUGUUUUUUUCCCAAGCCGUUUAAACUUGGGAUCCGUUAAACUGGUCACCUAGAGGACUCAUAGAGAGAUGAAGACUCUGGAGGAGCCCCCCUACCUGACAGUAGGGACGGAUGUGAGCGCCAAGUACCGAGGGGCUUUCUGCGAAGCCAAGAUUAAGACUGCCAAGAGGCUAGUCAAGGCCAAGGUGACCUUUAAAACAGAUCUGUCCACAGCUGAGGUUCACGAUGAAAACAUCAAAGGACCUCUAAAGGUGGGUGCUGUUGUGGAGGUGAAGAAUCAGGAUGGAGUUUACCAAGAAGCCACAAUCAAUAAGCUGACCGAUGCUAGUAUAUAUACAGUUGUGUUUGAUGACGGCGAUGAGAAGACCCUGAGGCGUUCCUCCCUCUGCCUGAAAGGAGCGCGUCACUUUGCGGAGAGCGAGACACUUGACCGACUCCCUCUCACCAACCCCGAGCACUUCGGCACACCCGUCAUCGGCAAGAAGGGGAACCGCGGUCGGCGAUCAAACCCGAUUCAAGAGGAGGAGUUGUCCUCAUCCUCCAGUGAAGAGGAGGAGAGCGAUCAGCGGCAGAAUGAAGACCUGUUCGGCAAGGUGGUCUGCGUGGAAGGGGUUCCCACCGGGGACAAAAAGAAGACUACGUGGUAUCCUGCUCUGGUCAUCUCCCCCGACUGCCACGAAGACAUGACCGUGAAGAAGGACAACGUCUUUGUGCGCUCGUUCAAGGAUGGAAAAUUUUACAUGGUGCUACAGAAGGACGUCCGUGAGUUCGACAGCAGCUGCCCCCCAAAAGCUGACGCGAGCCUCAAACCCGCGCUGGACGCAGCCCUGGAGUUCCAGAGGCAGCUGGUCGUGCCCAGCAUCUGGAAGACAGAAGUGAAGGAGGAAAGUUCCAGCAGCGAAGAGGAUGAUGACGACGAAGAGGAGGAGCAGGAGGAGGAUGCGAGUGGUGAAGAGGAGGAGGAGGAGGUGGAGCCGUUCCCCGAGGAGAGGGAGAACUUUCUGCAGCAACUCUACAAGUUCAUGGAAGACAGAGGGACUCCCAUUAACAAGCGGCCGGUUCUGGGCUACAGGAACCUCAACCUGUUCAAGCUCUACAGGCUGGUGCACAAACUGGGAGGUUUUGACAAUAUUGAGAGCGGUUCUGUUUGGAAGCAAGUCUAUCAGGAUUUGGGAAUCCCCGUGCUCAACUCAGCUGCUGGCUACAACGUCAAAUGUGCUUACCGCAAGUACUUAUACGGAUUUGAGGAAUACUGCACCUCCACUGCCAUCACAUUCAAAAUGGACCUCCCUUUGAAGCAGGGGACCAAGGGGGAGGGGAAACCUGAGGGGGAGGCAGGGAAAACGGCUCCUACGUCAUCAGUCGCCGAAGAGCCGAAAGCCCAAGUGGACGGAGAACCUUGUAGCACACAGCCCGUUAUCUGCAAGGACGAGAAACCUGAUUCGACCCCGAGUAAAACGGAAUCCGAAACAUCGAAAAGCGAGGGGAAAGAGGGCGGAAACGAUGGCGAUGACGAAGAAGAGGACGGUCCGCACAAAGCCGACGCCGACGAGGGCUCGUCGACGGCUCGCCUCGGAGCCGACGACAUGAAGGAGGAGCACGAUGAGGAGCAGGAGAGCAAGGACAACUCUGGGGAUGACAGCAGUCAGGAGGGGGAGGAAGGGGAGGAGUUUGAGUGUUACCCCCCGGGGAUGAAGGUGCAGGUGAGGUAUGGGCGAGGCCGCAAUCUGAAGACGUACGAGGCCACUGUGAAAGAGGCAGACGUGGAGGGGGGAGAGGUGCUCUACCUGGUGCACUACUGUGGCUGGAACGUCAGAUAUGAUGAGUGGAUCAAAGCAGACAAGAUUGUGCGACCCGCCAAUAAGAAUGUACCAAAAAUAAAGCACCGUAAAAAAAUAAAGAAAAUGCAAGACAAUUUGGAGAGGCUCGAUGACAGGGAGGUCCUCGGCCCUUCGUCCAACGCUAACCGUGUCCCGCGCUCCAAGUGUGGCCUGAGCCAGGACGUCUUUUCCAAGAUGGACGAGGGUGAGGACAAAGGGCCUCAGCAGUCUCCAGUCAAGGCUAUAGAAAUUACUUCUAUCCUCAAUGGCCUGCAAGCCUCCGAGGUGUCCACGGAUGAAAGCGAGCAUGAAGCUGAGGAGGGAGAGCAUAACGAAGAGGAUCAGCCAGGGAGCCGUCUCAGAAAAGGCCAACCAGAGCCACCGCAAAUUCCAGAGCGCUGGGAGGGCGGAGCCCCGUCCGAAGGGUCCAAACCCUGUCCUGUCACGGGAAAGGCCCAGGACACCGUCAGUGUGGAGAGCCCAGAUGCCGGAAAGCGCAGAAGCCAACCAGAGUCGGAGGGAGAGGCGAGCACGAGGAAGAGGAAAGCUGACAGCGCAGCAGAGAGGACUCCAAAAGGUCAAUCCAAAGCUAAGACCAGGAACACCAGGAGUGCUGACUGGCUACCUGCGGGUUCUCCGAUGAGAGGGGAGGAGAGAGCAGCCGCUCCUGGAGAGGAGAGGGGGGCCUCAUCUAGCAGCAGUUCAGAUGAUGAGGGUGCAGCUGUGGCCGAGGCUCAGCCUGAGGAAAGUGAGCGAACCCGCCCCAAAACCAAGGGGUCACCAACCAAGAAGUACAACGGAAUGAAGGAGAAAAGCAAAACCAGCCGACAAGGAGGCUUCUGGGAGAUUCCCGAAAAGAGAGCCAAAGUUUCUGGGAAUGUAGAGGAAAGGCCCGCCGUUCGCCCAAAAGGACAAAAAGACGUGUGGUCCAGCAUCCAGGCCCAGUGGCCAAAGAAGACUCUCAAGGAGUUAUUCUCUGACUCGGACACGGAGGCCGCAAACUCUCCUCCCCCACCGGUGUCCUCGUGUAUGGAAGAGCCGAGCGUCGAGCAGGACGCGAGAGGCGAGGAUGACACCUCGCAGGAGCAGAUGGAGACUGAAAAGCUCCGGGAGUUCCCGAGCAGCGGGAGCAACUCUGUACUCAACACGCCACCGACGACGCCGGAGUCCCCAUCGGGAGGAGGAGGCAGCGCCGUGGAAGAGUCUGGUCAAGCGCAGCCUUCCUCCCCGCCCCCAUCCAUACCCGCUGCCUUGCCUUCAGAGCCGGUUUCAGACGCUCUUCCCACAGGGCCAGUACAGGAGGAGGUGACGGGCGGGCGCAGCGAGACAGAUAGCAGCACAGUGGAGGUGGAGAGUCUAGGAGGAGAGCUGCAGGACGAAGGGGCGAGUUCCCCCUCGAAGGUGUUCGACGUCAGCCUCUCGUGCAACAGCAGCAGCAGCUGCAGCCUCGAGCUGAGCAACAGCAGCCAGCAGGAGAGCGAACAGAAGUCCAAAGCGUCUGCGAGUCAGAAGCGGCAGAAAGAAUCACAGACUGGCGGCGCAACAAAGAAACACAAGCCAAACCGCAAGAGCCUCGGUGUGCCUCCCAAAAAGAAUAGGAAAACAGCCAACAGCAGUGACAGCGAGGACCAGUCUGUUGUUGAGGGCACUGCCAAAUCAACUGCCUCUAAAAACAACCCAUCGGAGCUGAAGGCUGCCACUUCGCCCAAAUGUCACGGGCGAUCUCCCCCUUCGAGCCAUAAAUACCACAAGCAGGGUGAUGCAGACCAUGCACAGCACCGGGAUAACCACGGAAGAUCGCCGCGGGUGUACAAGUGGAGUUUCCAGAUGUCUGAUCUGGAGAAGAUGACCAGCCUGGAGAGGAUCUCGUUUCUUCAGGAGAAACUUCAGGACAUCAGGAAUCACUACCUCUCCCUCAAGUCUGAGGUCGCCUCUAUCGACAGACGACGAAAACGCAUGAAGAAGAAGGAACGAGAAAGCACAGUGGCCGCUUCCUCCUCAUCAUCCUCCUCCUCCUCACCGUCCUCCAGCUCGCUCACAGCGGCAGUCAUGCUGACGCUGGCAGACCCUCCGGUAUCAUCCUCAUCGUCCUCAUCUCAGAACUCCGGGGUUUCAGUGGAGUGCAGGUGACAGGACGACCCAGCAAGGAGCCACACCGCACGAAGCACUUAACCAGCACCCUGGGGUCAGCGCCCCGAUUCCCUUUCAACAGGAUGAAAAAGUCGACCCACAUACUGUAACUACGGGGCACAAAAACCAGACCAGAGACAAAAAAAACCACGAAAAAACAAAACAAAAGAGAAGAAACAAGCACUAUUUUUUACUGACAACUGUUUUCUCGGCAAGCUAAUGGCACUUAAGUGCACUUUUAUGACGAUUGUGUAGGGGUGGGGCGGGUGAAAUUUGUCCAAAAAAACCAAACCCAACAUAUAUACAGAUUUGACUUUUGUGCUUUACUUAAUUGAACAUUUAAAAGAAUUGUUUUUGCAAGCAAUAAUUGUUUCCAUUUGAUAAAGUUGUAUUGCAAAGGGAUGAUUUCCAGUGAAGACCAUCUGUCAUCUGUCCUCGUAGCCCAACAUGGCGCUCGCCAUGUUAUUUCUGGAAAUCUGGAGGAGAAACGCUGCCACAUUGGCAUUAAGGGCAUAGGAAAGGUAACUUUGCUAUGUUUCUCUCUGUUUCAUUAAAAAAAACACAAAGAAAAAUAAAAAGGACCUUCAUGUGGAUGGGGUUGCCCUCCCCAUGUACAGGCAAUCGCUCCUGUACAUGGUCUGAAUCAAGUAGGUGGUGAUGGAUAAGGUUUCAGCACCAUCAUAUGUCCGCUGAUGGCCUCAGUGGAUCAUAAGGAAUGAUACUGUAGUGCCUUUUUUUUUUCUUCUUGUUGUUGUUGUUCUCCGCGGGGGCACUUUGAGAAAAGGACAGUACUUUCUUUUCCUGAUCCUCCUCUCAGAUCAGAGCGUUAGCUGGAACAACGUGUCCCAUAUAAAAGACUGCAGAACGCUGUGAGUGAGCGAGUGAGCGGGCAGUGAAGGGCUAAGUCUUGGCAGGUAACGACGGGAUGUUAUCAGUGUAUUAGGAUUAUUACGGUAAUUGUAAAAGCAGAGCUCCUGUGUUGGAUCACCUGCAAAUCUACUACUGAAUACUCAUCCACAGAUUACUGUUGAGAUAACAGUCUAAAAUGUGCAAUGAUGGAGGUUGGCGAAUGCAAUGGAUGCAUUAAAUCAGUUCAUCAGCCUUUUUAAAAGCCCAUCUGCUUUUUUUCAUUAUGUUUCCAUCCUCCAUUUUUUUCAAUCCCCCCACUUCAGUUGCAUCAGCUUCACUGAUGUUAAUGUUGCAUAUCUGCAACCGGAUCGAGUCAAAAGUCAGAACACACACAAUCAAAGCCGAACUCCACGUUUUCAGUGUUUCCACCUACAUGAAUUUAUUUAAUUAAGUACAUUUUCACUUCAUCGAAAUGAUGCACACUUUAUUGGCAUGACAUGCCUGCUUCUCACACUCAUCCCUACCAAAAGAAAAGAAAAAAAAAGUUUGACUCUGUUUCUUGUACUAUGACCAGAAUAAAGGUAGAGAUAUUGUAAAUGUGCAUUUAUAUGAUAAGGUGACGUACAUGUAUACAUUUCUGAAGACAUCUCCAGUGUUUCCUUUGUAUAGACCCCCCUACUGUAUGAUAACCGGAAGUUACAUUUUGUUCGGCACUUGUAUGUAACUGUAUGCUUUUGUUAUAAAUUUGUAUAUUGAGAAGUGUUUUGAGUCGAGCUAUUUAAUAUCUUGCACUGUUAAUAACAUGUACUUUUCUGUACAGACAGUUUUAUGGUUUUAACUGUAGUUUGAGUGUAAAUAACUGAGGGUUGCAGCAUGUUCCGUUUUUGUUUUUUUGUCCUCUUUCUUGUUCUGUUUAUUUGAGCUCAUUUAAUGUUGUUCUGUUCUCCCUUUCUCAUCAGUUUUGAGUCUUUAUCUAAUUUCAUGUUUGCUUUAGUUUUUAUCCAGUUUUUCUUUGUGUCUUUUGUUUUUCUAUAGCUUGUGCUUGUGAGAGAAGAAUGGUGGUUUUCGGAUGUGGCUGAACUAUUUUCCAACCUGUACAUGGCCUAAAGCUAAAGCUGUAUGAACUUGUAUACAGGAAAAAGUCUGUGUCAUAGAUCAACAGAAAGUAACGGAGCUUAUUGAAAAAUGCUCAAUAGUAUUUAUUAGGCUCAUCUGAGGAUGGUCAUUGUGUAAUUUAUUGUAAAAAUGUAAGCAAAGCAGAAGCCUCUGUUUGAAAUAAAUGCCAUAGUUUGUGAAGUA